AUGGUGAAUGUGAAUGAACAUGAUCACGAUGAGGGGUUCUGGGCCCCUGGAACAGUUGUGUUAGAAGAUGUCCAUCGCACAAGAGACCAAAUUGUCUUGUUUCCUACUCCCAGUGCCGACCCGAACGAUCCCCUUAAUUGGUCGACUGCUCGCAAAGCCCUCAACUUCACUCUAGUCAGCUUCUUUGUCCUUUGGACUUUCGUUCAACUCGAUAUCGGCUUCACAGCAUGGGGCCCCAUGGAGUCUGAGCUCGGCUUCUCUGUUGAUAUUCUCAAUGCCGGUGCUGCGGUCAACUACGGAGGAUUGGCGAUCGGGUGCUUCUUCUUCAUCCCCCUCGUGCACAAAUAUGGCCGACGACCGAUCUACAUAUUCAGCUCCGCUCUCCAAUUCGCGUCGUGUAUUUGGCAGGCUCAAACAUACACUGUCGGCAAUUUCAUUGGUGCGAAUCUGAUCUCAGGUCUAGGCGGAGCGAUCAGUGAGAUUGUGGUCCAAAUCACAAUUGCGGAUAUGUUCUUUGUGCACCAGCAUGCAACUAUGAACGGCUGGUUCGUUAUAUUCCAAUCCGCAGGCGCCUUCCUCGGACCUGUCGCGUCGGGUUAUAUCGUCGACUCUCAGGGAUGGCGUUGGAUGUGGUGGUGGUGCGUGAUCUUCUUUGGGAUCACAUUGAUCUGCGUCAUUUUUCUCUUUGAAGAGUCGAAAUAUGUCCCAAUUCUUGACGGGCAAAAUAUCGUAUCUGCACCUUCACCCAAUAACCAAGCACUUACUCCUAAAGAAGGAAAAGAUGGGAUCACAGCAGACAUCAAAAGGACGGUUUCUGAGCCCGCUACAAGCCAUGCGGCAGUCAACCCUGAGAUCAAGCUCAAGACUUACUGGCGGAGGAUGGCAUGGGUAACAAAGACAGACGAGUCCCUUUGGCCGCACUUUUACACCCCCCCUUCAUCGUACAUGCUGUUACCACCAUAUAAUUUUGACGCGAUCGGCAUCGGCUUGAUGAACGUUGCACCUUUUGUUGGUGCGCUUUUGGGCUUCCCCUGUGGUGGAUAUCUUAGUGACAAGUCCAUCCUCUGGUUAUCGAAGAGAAAUGGCGGUAUCUACGAGCCCGAGAUGCGUCUUUGGCUCGCACUUCCCGUUGCCAUCUUGGGCCCAGCAUCAAUCUUAAUGUUUGGCCUGGGACUUGUAUAUGGACUUCAUUGGGCACUGCUCGCUGUAGGCUUUGGUGUCUUUGGGUUCACAUUGGCUGCUAUAAGCGGCAUAUCGCUUUCCUAUCUUAUGGACUGUUAUCAAGACGUCAUUGGAGAUGCUUUGGUUGGAGUGAUCUUCAUGCGUAAUAUCAUUUCCGUUAUUGUUCUUUUUGUUCUCACUCCUUGGGUAGAGGGUAUGGGUUUACAAAAUCUUCAUGUACUCUGCGCAGUUGUCGCUUUCUUAGUCUACAUGAUCCCUGUCCCCCUACUGAUUUGGGGCAAGAAGGCACGGGUUGCGACAGCGGCAAGCUACAGGAAGUUGGCGGCUACUCAUGUAAGCCACAGAAUGGUCUAG